CUCACUGGUGGACAGCUCAAGUGAUGAAGAAAUGGACCCUGAAAAUAGCAGAGCAGGUCUUGCUCUCCCAAACCCACAAGCGCCCUCCAGUGCACCUGAAAUUGAACUUUCAGAAGUAUCUCUCCAUGAAAAUCCCUUACUGGAGAAGGCUGCUUCAUCCCCACCAUGCCAUACAUGGCUGAUAUUUUUGAAGAGGGAGCUGGAAUUUCUGGGGGUAACCCAAAUUCUGGUUGGCUUGAUAUGUCUUUGUUUUGGAACAAUUGUCUGCUCCGUGAUCAAUAUGUCAGAAUUUAAAGAAGACAUUUUUUCAUCAUUUAAAGCAGGCUACCCAUUCUGGGGAGCAGUGUUUUUUGCUAUUUCUGGAUUUUUGCCAUUUAUGGCUGAAAAGAAACAUGCUACUUAUCUGGUGUGGGGAACCCUGGGGGCCAACACUGUCAGCAGCAUCGCUGCUGGGAUAGGAAUCUUCAUCCUGACGGUCAACCUGAAGAGGAGCUUGGUUUAUAUCUACAACUGCCAGGAAGCUUACAGAGAGGACUUCUGCUUUAUGGCUUGUUUUUCCAUGGAAAUCGUGACAAUGAUCUUGUUUCUCACCAUUCUGGGAUUUUGCAGUGCUGUGUCCCUCAUAAUCUAUGGGGUUGGAGAAGUAGUCCAAGGGAACAAGAUUGCAGAAGAUCGUCUUUAUGAAGAAUUAAAUAUAUAUUCACCAAUUUACAGUGAGUUGGAAGACAAAGUGGAGGCAUCUUCUCCCGCUGAUUCAUAAGAAUCAUGUCUUCAGAACAUUCUGACUCACAGCAAAGGGUCUAGAACAAAAUCUUUGUUUAAGGGGCUACUGGCAAAAUUUCAAUUCUGUCUGUGAUCUGCCAGUUUUACAUUAAGAUUUAUUCUCCAGAGGGUAAUAUUCUGUCUGUUGUUUCUGUUCACCUAAACUGCCCCCCCCCGCCCAUUUGUGGAUAUGUGAUAGACUCCUAUUUUUCUUGUUUUCCAUUGCUGUCUCGUACAGCAACUUUUGUGGGAAGUCAACAUGUAAUCAGCAAGCAUUUGCUUUGUGCCUAUAACCGAGCAAAUAGAGGAAACAAGUGGAAGGCUGGUUGAGCACUGAGUUAAACUUUGACAGUUUUGGAACGCCUGGGUGGCUCAGUCAGUUAAGUGUCAGACUCGAUUUUGGCUCAGGUUAUGAUGUCAUGAGGCGUGGGAUCAAGCCCCAUGUCCGGCUCCUCGCUCAGUGGGGAGUCUGCUUGUGAUUCUCUCUCUCUCCCUCUCCCUCUGUCCCAUUUCCCACUCCUUCUCUCUCUCAAUCUAAUAAAUAAAUAAAUAAAAU